UUUCUGUGCAGGUGAAGGUAGAAAGUGUGUGUGAGCUGCUGUGAGUUGAGCAUCAUGGAUGAGUGUGAGGACAGAGAGGAGGGAGUCCCUCCCUCUAAAAGCCUUCUGUGUGGGGAACAGGAGAACCAGAGCAAAGCUCAGAGGAAUCGACCUGGACCUGGACCUGGACCUGGACGUCCACCUCCAUACAGCUGUGUGUCCUUCAAGAGUAACCAAUCUAAGCAUAGCUUCCUUAACUUUAAAGAUCAUCAACCUCCUGCUGCAGAGAAAAUCCAUCAGAGACCAGAGUCCUCUGGACCUGCAUCCAGCUGUGUGUCCUUCAAGAGUGACCAGUCUAAGGAACUUAUUUUUGACUUUAAAGGAGAACCAGGUCCUGCUGCAGAGAGAGUGGAGCAGCGGAACUCAGAGGUUCCCAGAGCUCAGUCUGUCCAGCAGCAUCACCUGGACUCCAUAUUCAUGCUGCUGGAGGACAACAUGAUGACUUUUGUGAAGAAGGAGCUGAAGAAGAUGCAGAAGGUUGUGAGUCCAGAUUACCCAGAAUGCUCCUCAGAGAAUCAGAGGGAAGAUAAGGAGGAGUUGGAGGGUGAUGAUGAAGAUGAGAGGAGCAGCAGAGAGAUGUUGCAGCAGAUCACAGUGUUGUUCCUGAGGAGGAUGAAGCAGGAGAAGCUGGCUGACUGUCUGCAGAGCAAACUUGCUGCUGGAGUUUGUGGACGUGAACUUAAAUGUGGUCUGAAGAAGAAGUUCAAGAGAGUGUUUGAGGGCAUCGCUAAAGCAGGACAGAAGACCUUCCUGAAUGAGAUCUACACAGAGCUGUACAUCACAGAGGGAGGGACUGCAGAGGUCAAUGAUGAACAUGAGGUCAGACAGAUUGAAGCAGCAUCCAGGAAAGCAGACAGAGCAGAAAGAAGCAUCAGAGCAGAAGACAUCCUUAAAGGCUCACCUGGAAGAGAUGGACCAAUCAGAACAGUGAUAACAAAGGGAGUGGCUGGCAUCGGGAAAACAGUGUUAACACAGAAGGUGGCUCUGGACUGGGCUGAAGACAAAAGCAACCAGGACAUCCACUUCAUGUUUCCAUUGACUUUCAGAGAGCUGAAUGUGCUGAAAGAGAGAAAGUUCAGCUUGGUGGAACUUGUUCAUCACUUCUUCAGUGAAGCCAAAGCAGCAGGAAUGUGCAGCUUUGAAGACUUCCAGGUUGUGUUGAUCUUUGACGGUUUGGAUGAGUGUCGCCUUCCUCUGGAUUUCCAUAACAAUGAGGUCCUGACUGAUGUUAGAGAGUCCACCUCAGUGGAUGUGCUGCUGACAAACCUGAUCAGGGGGAAGCUGUUUCCCUCUGCUCGCCUCUGGAUAACCACACGACCUGCAGCAGCCAAUCAGAUCCCUCCUGACUGUGUGGAUAUGGUGACGGAGGUCAGAGGGUUCACCGACCCACAGAAGGAGGAGUACUUCAGGAAGAGAUUCAGAGAUGAGGAGCAGGCCAGCAACAUCAUCUCCUACAUGAAGAAGUCACGAAGCCUCCACAUCAUGUGCCACAUCCCAGUGUUCUGCUGGAUCACUGCUACAGUUCUGGAGGAGCUGCUGAGAAGCAGAGAGGGAGGAGAUCUGCCCAGAACCCUGACUGAGAUGUUCAUCCACCACCUGGUGGUUCAGGCCAAAGUCAAGAAGGUCAAGUAUGAUGGAGGAGCUGAGACAGAUCCACACUGGAGUCCAGACAGCAGGAAGAUGAUUGAGUCUCUGGGAAAACUGGCUUUUAAUCAGCUGCAGAGAGGAAACCUGAUCUUCUAUGAGUCCGACCUGACAGAGUGUGGCAUCGAUGUGGAAGCAGCCUCAGUGUACUCAGGAGUGUUCACACAGAUCUUUAAAGAGGAGAGAGGACUGUACCAGGACAAGGUGUUCUGCUUCGUCCAUCUGAGCGUUCACGAGUUUCUGGCUGCUCUUCACGUCCAUCUGACCUUCAUCAACUCUGGAAUCAACCUGUUGGAAAAAAAACAACAAACUGCCUCCAAGAAGCUGAAAGUAUCUCUAAAUAAACCUAAACUAAAACAUCUCCACCAGAGAGCCGUGGACGAGGCCUUACAGAGUCCAAACGGACACCUGGACUUGUUCCUGCGCUUCCUCCUGGGUCUGUCACUGCCAACCAAUCAGAAUCUCCUACGAGGCCUGCUGACACAGACAAGAAGUAGCUCACAGACCAAUCAGGAAACAGUGAAGUACAUCAAGGAGAAGAUCAAUGAGGAUGUGUCUGCAGAGAGAAGCAUCAAUCUGUUCCACUGUCUGAAUGAACUGAAGGAUGUUUCUCUAGUGGAGGAGAUCCUGCAGUCCCUGAGAUCAGGAUGUCUGUCCACAGAUAAACUCUCUCCUGCUCAGUGCUCAGCUCUGGGCUUCAUCUUAUUGUCAUCAGAAGAACAUCUGGACGUGUUUGACCUGAAGAAAUACUCUGCUUCAGAGGAGGCUCUUCUGAGGCUGCUGCUAGUGGUCAAAGCCUCCAAGAAAGUUGUACUGAGUGGCUGUAAUCUGUCAGAGAAAAGCUGUGGAGCUCUGUCCUCAGUCCUCAGCUCCCAGUCCUCCAGUGUGACAGAGCUGGACCUGUCUAACAACAACCUGCAGGAUUCAGGAGUGAAGAGUCUUUCUGCUGGACUGGAGAGUCCAAAUUGUAAACUGGAAGCUCUCAGACUUAAUAACUGUAAUCUGUCAGAGAGAAGCUGUGGAGCUCUGUCCUCAGUCCUCAGCUCCCAGUCCUCCAGUGUGACAGAGCUGGACCUGAGUAACAACAACCUGCAGGAUUCAGGAGUGGAGAGUCUUUCUGCUGGACUGGAGAGUCCACACUGUAAACUGGAAGCUCUCAGGCUGUCAGGCUGUCUGGUCACAGAGGAAGGCUGUGCUUCUCUGGCCUCAGCUCUGAGCUUGAAGACCUCAAAUCUGAGAGAGCUGGACCUGAGCUACAACCAUCCAGGAGACUCAGGAGAGAAGAAGCUGAGAGCUAAAGUGGAGGAUCCACACUGUAGACUGGAAACUCUCAGGGUGACGCCUGCUGGAGUCCGAUGGUUGACACCAGGUCUGAGGAAGUAUUCCUGUCAACUCACAGUCGACACAAACACAGUAAACAGAAACCUCAAACUGUCUGACAACAACAGGAAGGUGACACGUGUGGAGGAAUAUCAGUGGUAUCCUGAUCAUCCAGACAGAUUUGACUACUGGUGUCAUCAGCUGCUGUGUGGAACUGGUCUGACUGGUCGCUGUUACUGGGAGGUGGAGUGGAGAGGGUGGGUUAAUAUAUCAGUGAGUUACAGAGAAAUCAGAAGGAAAGGACUCAGUGAUGACUGUGUGUUUGGACGUAAUGAUCAGUCCUGGAGUCUGAGAUGCUCUGAUAGUGGUUACUUUGUCUAUCACAAUAACAGUGAAACAUCCAUCAGGUCCUCCUCAAUCUCUCACAGAGUUUCAGUUUAUGUGGACGUUCCUGCUGGAACUCUGUCCUUCUACAGAGUCUCCUCUGACUCUCUGUUCCUCCUCCACACCUUCAACACCACAUUCACUCAGCCUCUCUAUCCUGGAUUUGGGUUCUGGUCGUCCGGUUCCUCAGUGUUUGUGUGCUGAGUUGAGUCUCCAGAGUCUCCUCCUGGUACAGAAACAGUGUUGAACAGAUAGUUGAGUCUCUCCAUGACUCUGUCCCUCACAAACAUGUUUUCACAUUCAUGGAUUAAAUGUGUUUCUUUGUCAAAUCCUUCUAAAUGAUUCCUUGUAAACUUGUUCCUCUUCAAAGAUGGAAGUUGUGAUUCUUCCAGGAGCCAAAUGUGGUGUUUGCGUGUUUUUCCAGUCAAAUGUUGAGAGUGAAAAUCAGGAUGUGGUGUUCCUCUGACGCUCACUUGAACUAAAAGCAUUUGAGCUGCACAGUGUGAAAUGAGAGAGGAAGCAGUGAAUCUCCAAACUGCUGACAGACUUUCACACAUUAUUGUCCAGUAAAAAUCAGCUUUUUGUGCAGCCACACUUGAUCCUGAUGUGAGUCUUUAAGUCCUGUUCUAGUGAUGAAAUGAGAACUUCCUUCAUCUGUAUCACUCUUUCCAAAGUAUUCUGUGCUCUUCUGUCAUUUAUGUCUUAUUGAUAGAUCCAAUUUUCAUUUUUACAAUAAAUAAGUGGUUCAAUGUUUUUUCAUAAGUUUUUUUUUUAUAAGAUUCUGAAUUUAUGGUUUCAUCAACAAAUUAUAAAGGUUUUUAUUUUUCCAUAAAAGCUCCCAUAACCCCAGCUAUCUCUGGAUGAAAAUGUUUUCAGCAUCGAUAUGAUUCCAGUAGAAUUUAAACCCACCAGGACUAUUCAACAUUUUUUAGCCUUUUCAAUUCUAUAAAUGUUCUGUUUGGCCGUUAAAGGAGCUUUUCCUCACAUUUUGGUGUAUUUGAACCCUUCCAUGGUCUAAAUUCUUUGAACAGAUCUUGUGCUGUAAUCAAUGUCUAACUUAGUUUUUAUUUUCAUUGCAGUGGUUGAUUUUUCCUGAACAAGAUCAAUGAUUUUAAUACGUCUUUCUCCACUUUUAUUUGCUCUGCCUGUGGCUUUUAAACUAUUAGAACUUUCUUUUUUAUUCAAUAAAUGAUUAAUAACACA